AUACGUACACCAAAUCAAUCAGCUUCCACCUCCUCCUCUCUCAUUCUUCUUCCUCUAUUAGCUGAAUCUCGAAUCUGGUUCAAGAAUCUCGUCUCUUUUUUAGAGAUUAAUAUAAGCAAUGGCUUCUUAUUACGCUGGAGUUUUUGGUAGUGAAGAGCCACACUUUUUGGAGUCUUGCUCUCUUUGCCGUAAACACCUUGGUCGUAACUCAGACAUCUUCAUGUACAGAGGAGACAAGGCGUUUUGUAGCAACGAGUGUAGAGAAGAACAGAUUGAGUCUGAUGAAGCCAAGGAGAAAAGCUGGAAAGUUUCUGCUAGAUCUCUCCGUAAAAAAUCCUCCGAAGCUGCUAAAGAUUGCAAAACCGUUCGGACAGGAACUCUCGUGGUGGCUUAGUUGAGAACUUUUUAUUACAUAAGCGAAUAGCUUUUUUUUUAUAUACCCUAUUUUGGUCAAAAAAGCUAUAAUAUACCCUUCUUAAGAAUAACCUGCGAGGUUUUGCUAUGUAUCUGGAUCAGAGAUGAAUAUGGGAUCUGAGAAACUGUAAAGAUCUGGUUCUAUGUAAAAUGAACCUGGAGCUUGGGAGAGUGUUGAUGGUUUUUGUUCAUUGGAGGGGGGGGGAUUUAAUUUUUUUUUGAAAAUAAAACAGAGCAUACUAUAUAUAUGUUCUAAAUUCAAUU